UGUGUCGCGAGAACAACGUGGCUGAUUUUCACGACAUCUGGAGCGGAGAGUGCCGUAAAGCGUUUCUCCUCAACACAUGGUUUGGAAACCAUGGAGUCCAAACCAAGAAAGAAAUCAUUCAACCCUAAAGAUGGAAAGAGAGCAGGAUUUAAAGGGAAGGGCAAACCCGAGGGAAAGCCUGCUGGAAAACGUCCCUUUAAACCCCACAAUUCGGACAAAAUGAAAACGUUUACAAAAGCAGGAGCCCGAGGAGGACCGAAGAAAUUCUUCAAGCAAAAGCCGACAGACGGAAAAAUGGCAAAUAAGAGAAAAAUGUCUGGAGAUCAUAACCAAUCUGAAGAAGGAUCGGAGGCAAAGAAACCCAAGUGGAAUGAGUUUAAACAAAAGAAGAAAGAGUUAAAACAGAACCGACAACAAACUGAGAAGAAAGAGGCCUACCAGAUCGUGAGCAGAGCCAAACAAGUGUGGGAAAUAGUCAGAAGGAAAGACUGUGACGCAAACAAAAGAACAAAGUUGAUGAAAGAAUUGCAGGAGCUUGUUCGAGGCAAGAUCAAGACGAUCGCGUUCGCCCAUGACUCGACUCGAGUUCUUCAGUGUUUCAUACAGUUUGGAAACGACAAGCAGCGGCAAGAAAUCUUUGACGAACUCAAAGAUCACAUGGUGGAGUUGAGUAAAUCCAAAUACGCAAGGAACAUUGUAAAGAAAUUUUUAAUGUAUGGGAACAAGAAACAGGUCGCCGAGGUGAUGGUGGCUUUUAAGGGGAAGGUCAGACAGAUGCUAAGGCACUCGGAGGCUUCGUCUGUGGUUGAGUACGCUUACAACGACAAGGCCAUUGUCUCACAGAGACUCAUGCUUACUGAGGAACUUUACGGAAACACCUUCCAAGUCUGCAAGUCCUCAGUGUGUCCGACGAUAGAAAAGGUCCUGGAGAGCAAUCCGGAUAAAGUCGACAGCAUCAUGGAAGAAAUGAAGCAGAUCCUCACACCCAUGGCUCAAAAAGAAGCUGUCAUUAAACAUUCACUCGUACACAAAGUGUUCCUUGACUUCUUCCUCUAUGCUCCAGAGAAACAGAGAACAGAAAUGAUCGAGUCUAUAAGGGAAUCGGUGGUGUACAUGGCGCACACGCAUGACGGCGCACGUGUCGCUAUGCACUGCCUGUGGCACGGCACAGCCAAGGACAGGAAGGUUAUCGUGAAAACCAUGAAGACGUACAUGGCGAAGUUUGCGACGGGAGAAUACGGACACCUGGUUCUACUCGCAGCCUUCGACUGUAUCGAUGACACCAAACUGGUCAAGCAAGCAGUUAUCUCAGAGUUGCUGAGUUCGCUGGCAGAAGUCAUCGGUAACAAACAUGGCAAGAAGGUGCUGCUGUAUUUGCUUAGCCCUCGAGAUCCUGCUCACCUGCUACCUGAAAUAGUUCAGCUGCUGGAGAAGGGGGACGGCAAUGCUCAUAGUAAAAAGAACAUGGCGGUGAGGAGGCGUGAGCUCCUGGAAGCAGUAUCUCCUCCUCUGCUACAGUACCUGUGUGAGAACACUCGCUCCAUGGUGAUGGAUAAAGCCUGCAGCGUAGCAGUCAGCGACAUCCUGGGAGCCGCUGUUGGUGACCUCCGACCUGCCAUGGAAGCCGUAGCACAACUGGCAGCUGAAGACUUUGUGGCUGGUGGUGUGGAGGGUCAGCUGCACAUGGCAGAACACCCUGCUGGUCAUCUAGUGCUGAAAUGGCUGAUUGAGCAGGACACCAAGAUGAAAGCAGCAGAGCGAGAGGAGCGUUUCUGCCAGAUCCUCCUGGAGACUGUGGGUUUAGAAAAGCUGCAAACGUGGGCUUCAGUCAACCGUGGAGCCAUUGUGCUGUCCUGCCUCCUCCAGAGUGCAGACGAAGGCGUUGUGCAGGAAGUAAAGGCUGCUUUACAGUCCAUUCGUUCCGAUUUACAAAAAAACCAAAACUUAAAAGGAGUGGAGGCUCUGCUGGAGAAACUGGACUAGCAAAACAUCUACUGAUCCACACUGCCUGUACACACCAGCGCUAGACUUUCUAAACUGGAGUUCGGUUUCCUUUUAUGUUCCUCUUUUCAGUAAAACGUGGUUUAAUUAGGCGCAUUUUGUAACUAAGCAAGAGGACCUCUGUGCAUAAUGGAAUGGGUUUUGUAAUUCUUUUAUUUUUUUUUUAUUUUAUUUGAAUCAUUUUUCCUGCCUGUGAUUGUGUUUUGAAUAAAAAUACAUGAUCACACACACAGAUUGUUGGAUUUAUGAAUGUAAACCUCAUUUAACUGUUGUUUGGUAUUAUAUUUCUAUAUAAUAUUAAACGUGUUUC